ACCCAAUCAGAUUACGUUCUUACGGAAAAACUUCAAGUUGAUUGAAAACUGUAUGGUUCCUAGCCAUGUCGCGUAUAGGAGUUUAUAAUCGAACGUAACGAUAUCCAAGCACAGUGCGUUCGAUCCGGAAGUGCUCAACUUCACAUAUGAAGACAUAUACAACGCCAAGUGUACAAAGUUAAAAGAAUUGACUUUGACAGGAACACUUUGUGCUAAACGUAAAUUUACGAAUUCUUACCGAAAAGAUCACAAGACUAGUUGGACAUAAACAAAAACAGGUGCAAGAGGAAAUUAAAAAUGAAACGGAGCAAGUCCCUUUCUCCUGAACCAUCCAGCAGUAGAGAUACAAAACGUGUGAGGCUUGAAGAAACUACAGAAAUAAAUGAUAUAACAUCCUGUCCACAUAUUCUUGACUUUUCAGAUGAUGUUUUGCUCAAUAUAUUGAAAUACUUGAAUCCACAAGAUCUCCUGGCAGUUAGUUUAUGUUGUCAGAGAUUUGCACAAGUAGCACAAGAUAGAACUCUAUGGAGAAAAGUUGAUUUUCGGUCAAAGCCAAUGCUUUUAGAUGAUUUAAAACAAUACAUGAAGUUCCUCCAACCUAUGACAACAAGUUUGUCAAUACGUGGCAAUUUAUUUUCUGGCAAAGACUCAGCUCUCGCACAAAACUUCUUUAAUAAAAUAAGGACAUUAUGCAAUCAGCUCAAAGAAUUGAUUAUUGAAGAGUAUUACAUCAAUGGAGAUAAGAUUCAAGUGACGGACUUCCCACCUACUAUUGAAAAGCUUUCGUUAGAAGGUUGCAAAAUGAACUAUUUGCAGAGUACCAGAUCUUAUUUUUUUAAAAUGGAUCUUCACAUGCCUAAUUUGUCGUGCUUAAUUUUGAGUAAUUGCCAAUGGUUUACACCACAUUCCUUACUGGUUAUUAGUAAAAUACCAAAACUUAAAGAACUCAGACUGAAUUCAUGUCACCGUCUGGGCGAGUGUCUUGCAUAUGCUAGUCUAGCGACCAGAUUUGGAUUUAAAACAUUAGAGAUUUUAGAUUUACGGGAUACAGCACUUGGUGAUAGUGAAGUCGGUUGUUUUAGUAGUACUAAGACUUUAACACACUUAUAUCUGGAGUGUCCUUACACAUUAAGAAAUGAGGAAUCACCCGAGAUUGUACAAGCCGAGAUCGUACAACCUGAGAUCGUACAACAACGGCAGCAACGACAGGCUUUACAACCUAUUUAUCGAGAUGGCAUUUUGGAUCAGUAUCUAGUUCCAGUUGAUGAUGGAAUAUCUUUCGACAACUACAAUCUUCAACGAUGUUUGAUAUCAGACAGAGCAAUUUGUGCACUUGGAAGUGAUACCUGCGACAGAAGAGUGAUAAAUAAUUAUCCACACGGAAUGAUGAUAUUAGAAGAAGAUAAACGAAUAUUUAAUAAUCCAAAUCUUAAAACACUAGUCGUUAGAAAUUAUCCGCGUGUAACGAAUUCGAGUCUCAUUCAUUUAGCCAUAAAUGCACCAAGUUUGGAAUAUUUGGAUGUAACUGGUACUUCUGUGACAAGGGCUGGUAUCUAUUGCUUUAAAGCACGAAAACCUAAUAUUCGGGUCGUUUCAUCGUUCGGUGAAGUAUAGUUGACACAAUUAAUAAAUUAGAGAUUAAUGAGUAUUUAUUAUUAUUUUCAUUAAAGUGGAUACAUGCUAUGCUUCGCAAUUAAGAUUCAUCUGUAUGAAUUAGUCUUUAAACUAAUUCGGAGAUUCAAAAAUAAUUUUGAUUCAUGAAGUAUGUGCAAUUAAACAAAGAAGUAAAAUUAUCUGAUGGCAUCUGCUUUUUUACAGGGAUUCUUUAAUAGCAUUAUUAUAAAAGAUAUAGAUAAAAAUGUAUGAAUGAUUAUAAUCUACAUUAUCAUUAUAUUAUUAUGAUCUACACUAUAAUUAUUACUAUGAUCUACACUGUGUGUAGAUUAAUAUUUUAAUUUAGGCACGAUUGCGAUCCAAGUAUACACGUAAAAUGUAGAACAUUUAAUAUACUUAUAUACGAGAUGCGAGUGUAACUUUGUGUAAAUAUUAUAUCAUUAUAUAUAUUUGUUAAAUUUUAUGUUACUUUUAAGUUUUUACAUUAUCGUGCAACAUGCAAACAAAUUGUGUAUAUUAUAUAUAUUAGAUUUUUGUGGACAGAAAGAAAGUGGAGAAAAGAUAUACAUACAUAAUAACGUAUAACCAGUAUUUAAAAUCUUUUUAAAUGCAAAAGUAGUACAUUAAAUGAAUUUUUACAUCUGCAUAUUAUAUUACUAUUGGAUGAAAGUUGAAUGUGUAAACUCAUAUAUAACUUGGACUUUCUGUAAAAAGAAUGUUUUGACCUAUAUUUUUGCAAGCAUAAUUUUAUUACAAAUGGAGUAUGAAAUAAUGACUCUGUAUGGGCAGGAAUGAGAACGAAUUCUAUCGAUUAACGCUUCGAUUCUUCUUACAAACUUCAUUUUUAUUGAAGAAAAACACAAACUUAUAUAAAAUAAAUGUCUUUAAAAAAAAACUGACUAACAUACCAUGGACAUCUGUUAACUGAAACAAUAUAGUAUCUGAGGCACUGAGGCAUCAUAUAAGAGAGAAUAAAACUGUGUAAUAUUGUUUGUCUUAACCAAAAUAAAAUGAACUGUACAGAGUGUUUCAUACUUUAGAGAUUUCAUGAUACAUGGCCACUAACAUAUGGUUUACUGCAGUAUACUGGAAUACAUAUAAAAUUCCAGAGUACUAAAAUAUAUACAGAUACUUUGAUGGUAUUAAUUACUAAUUCUAUGUUAUUCUAUUACAACAACUUUGUUACCCUACAUUACUCUAUAACAACAUUUAUUCUGUAAUAUAUAUUUGUUUAUACAUUAAUUUUUUCUAUGUCACAACUUCGAGUAUAAUUAUGGCCUUGUUCUACUAGAAACAAAUCUGCAAUACACAUGUCUUUAUUAAAAAUAUUUGCGAGAAA